UCCCACCAUCCACAACAAAUAUCACAGCGCAGACAUGGCGACGGUGCCUCGAAACUUCAGGCUGCUCGAGGAGCUCGAGAAGGGCGAGAAAGGACUUGGAGCGGAGGCUUGCUCAUAUGGUCUCGAUGAAGGUGAUGAUCUUUUGAUGACGAACUGGAAUGGCACAAUCCUAGGGCCUCCUCAUAGCGUGCACGAGAAUCGUAUCUACUCGUUGAAGAUCGUCUGUGGUGACAAGUACCCAGACGAACCACCGGAGGUCACUUUCAUCAGCAAAAUCAACUUGCCAUGCGUGGACGCACGAACGGGAAAGGUCAAUCUUAGUGCGAUACGCUCUUUAAGCACGUGGAAGCGUGACUUCACCAUGGAGACGAUCCUGAUCGAGAUCCGCCGAUUUAUGGGCACACCAGAGAACAAGAAGAUACCACAGCCUCCUGAGGGCACGAACUUCUAAAUUUGACCCAAGGACAAUGCCGGUCUACUCGCACAGUUCUUUGCACCGAAUCGAUCACACAGCAUGACAUCAAGUCGAAGAUAAGCGAAGGAGAAACUGUUCGUCAGGGAAUUACGUUGCAGCAUUUCUGGAUGCUCUAUGUCUAUGGCUGACAGCGGGUCGACUACCCGAAAAGUGUGACCCAAGCGCUUCGAAGCGUGAUAUUCAAACGUUCAAUCCUCGGACAACCCAAGCAUAGGCCCGCACUAUUGCGUGCUGUACACUCUAGCC